AUGAAAGAUAAAGAGAAUAACCAUAAAGCCAAUGGCGUGGCAGCUACAGAUGUUGUAACCACUGGGUGUGAAUCUCAAUUUGAAGGGGAGAUUAGGCCUGAUAAUAAAAAGAGCGCCUCAACGACGACAACUGGCGAGAUAUGUUCUUACUUUAAACAUCUUAGUUUAGCUGAAUCCGGUGAGCCGCAUGUGCCACAAAAUCGUGGUAUUACUCAUGCGGAAAUACCAGUCGCUAGCUCUCUGGCCAGUCAAAGAAUGAUCAAUUCUUCAUUGACCCAACCAGCCCAUACAACAGAUCUUCAUCGUGUCUCUAAGGUCUUUUCGGACCUAUGCAAUAUGGAGUUAGAUGAUGAUAUACAGGCGGAUAUAGUAGCUUUGUCUCCAGAGUCUAAACUAGCUCUUGCUGGGAAUGAGGGGCAAAAGGAGUCCAACGGCUCUAUGAGUCAAAACCUAGAUUCACCAACCAACGGACCAAAUAAACCCAUUCCGAAAACACUAGCGCCGGCCCGGUUCGUGGCUAGCAUAGACCAAGAAGUAACUACAACCCCUCCACAUGGCCCUGCUUUCUUUGUACCUUUCUCAUUAAAAACACCCACGUAUAUCAAUCUUAAGGCAAAAAAGUCGCUAGCUCUGUUUGAAAAUGCAAUUGCCCGGCUUUCUUCAUGUCUAAGCCUAAUCUUCAGGUUUAUAAUGUUAGGCUUACUUGUUAAAUUCGAAGAAACAGUACUGCCUCUCAUAACACCCACCACAACUCUGCCCAGCUCUAUGUGCAUUGUUCUGAUAUCUAGCUAUCUAUAUCUGUUCACCACUUUUGCACUUAGUAUAUACAGAAACUAUCGUCUAUUUUGGAACAAGCCUAAGAGCAACGAAGCCUGCCAUAAUCAGUCACACUUGGUGAGAAGUUCGUCGCGCGUUUGCCCAUGGUAUAUGAUGAUCGCUGCCGGCGAUGUACUGUUUGGCGCGAUUUUAUUCGUUAGCAUCUAUAACUGUCUGACUGUAAACCUGGACAGUCUCAUUUUGGAGCCGUUGACUAUGCAAGUGACUAAAGAUGAUAGUGUGUGGGCGGCCCUGGCAUAUGUGCUGACUUUGGGUUUCUGGAAUUGCUUAUAUCUGUUGCUACUUUCUAGAGAGAUCUAUGGGCUCUGCUGUUAUCUGGGUGGUGGACGCCCGGUUUUUUGGCAUACUCAUCGUAGUUUAAAACAAGUGUGGAUUUCUUGGUCUAUUCAUGGCAAGAUGAUACUUACCUGUUAUUUCCUCCCUAUGAAGCUGCUUUGCGCCCCUCCUACAAUUGCAUGUCUAGGCUCGGCGGCUCAUAUUUGGUUUAUCUCUGUUCUGGUUUUCCAAAGUCUAGCGACAACUAGUACAUACUGGGCCGAGAUGUGCACAAGAUGUGUGAUAAGACUAAUCGGCCGAGAAGCACCCCCGAUGGAUACAAUUGAAGAAUACUUAGCCCUAAAAGGCGACUUCUUCUCAAUUAAGCCUUACAUAGUAGGGGCGCGACUCUUAAAAUGUGCUUUCAUUGGAGGCGGCUCUCUCUGGCUAUUAUACGGUCCUGUAUUGUCUGUGGCGACGGAAGAACUUCGUGGGCUAAGCUCGGCAUAA